CCGGAGCGGGGCCGGAGCGCUCGAGCCGUCGGGACUCCGGUGUGAUGCAGCGGAGCGAGUCCCGGUAAACAUGAAGCGUUCCGCGGGUUCGCGCUGAUCCGACCGGAAAAUAACGGAGGAAACCGUCGGGAUCGUUCUCUCCGACGCGUGCUGUUAUGAUCGCCGUGGCUCAUGAGCAUCUUUGAGUUUCCGGAGAUGGACGGAAGAGACUCGGCCGUUUUGGCCGUGAGGAGCAGAUUACCCAGAGAUCCCAGCGUGGUGGGCGGAGUCUGUAUGGGGAACGAAGACUCCUCCCCCUGCAGUAGUCAGGGGGAGGGGCCAGACGACAAACACCUGGAUGACGUGCUGUGUGAGCUGGGAACGAGGGCGGAGCUUAACCUGGAGCUGGAUGUGAGGGUGGAGCCUGAGGACGGCAUGGAUCUGCAGGGGGAGGAGCUUAGCUGGGAGACGAAUCAGCAGGAGGCAAACGAACUGGAAGAGCAGAGCAACACGAGCCGCAGCACAGCCAGUCCUGAACCCACAGCAGCCUCCACAGAUCUCUCCAAAGCGUCGCCUCUGUCAGAGCAGCUCCUGCAGGGCCGUGAGGAGGGGGCGGGGCUAAACAUGGAGUGUCGUAUCUGUGGCGACAGAGCGUCAGGAUUUCACUAUGGCGUUCAUGCCUGUGAGGGCUGCAAGGGAUUUUUCCGGAGGACCAUUCGCAUGAAGCUGGAAUAUGAGAAAUGCGGCAGCUGUAAGAUCCAAAAGAAAAGUCGGAAUAAAUGUCAGUUCUGUCGUUUCCAAAAGUGCCUGAUGCUCGGGAUGUCCCAUGAUGCGAUCCGAUACGGGCGGAUGCCGGAGGCAGAGAAGCGUAAGCUAGUGGCGGGUCUGUUAGCGGGAGAAAAGAGCUCUCCGAACUCCAGCGGGUCAGAUCUGAAAUCUCUCGCCAAACGGGUCAACAACGCCUACCUGAAGAAUCUGAACAUGACCAAGAAGAAAGCUCGCAACAUCCUGACGGGGAAGACCAACUCAAGCCCGCCAUUUGUCAUUCAUGACAUGGACUCGCUGUGGCAGGCGGAAAACGGGCUGGUCUGGAAUCAGGUGAUUAACGGAGCUCCGCCCAAUAAGGAGAUUGGCGUGCACGUGUUCUACCGCUGUCAAUGCACGACCGUGGAAACCGUACGAGAACUCACAGAGUUCUCCAAAAGCAUCCCGGGAUUCGUCGACCUUUUCUUGAAUGACCAGGUGACGCUGCUGAAAUACGGGGUCCACGAGGCGAUCUUCGCCAUGCUGCCGUCGCUCAUGAAUAAAGACGGGCUGUUGGUGGCGAAUGGGCGGGGCUUCGUGACGAGGGAGUUUCUACGCAGUCUGCGCAAACCCUUCAGCGAGAUCAUGGAGCCGAAGUUUGAGUUCGCAGUGAAGUUUAACGCUCUCGAGCUGGACGACAGCGACCUCGCGCUCUUCGUGGCUGCCAUUAUCCUGUGUGGAGAUCGUCCAGGUCUCAUGAACGUCCACCAGGUGGAGGAGAUCCAGGACAACAUCCUCCAGGCCCUCAACCAGCACCUGCAGCUCAAUCAUCCCGACGCCAGCUUCAUCUUCCCCAAACUUCUGCAGAAGCUCGCGGACCUGCGACAGCUGGUGACGGAGAACGCGCAGCUGGUGCAGAAGAUCAAGAAGACGGAGUCCGAGACGUCGCUGCACCCUCUGCUGCAGGAGAUCUACAGGGACAUGUACUGAAUCGAACCAUUCCAGGCACGCUGACCAAUCACUGUGACCUUCAGAGUUGUUAUUUUUAUAAAACAGACGAUUUGUUGCUGAUGAAAUCAGUGCAAACUUAACUCUAAACCAGACCGGGUCAGGUUGUGUGAGUCAAAGAGACAUCAGUGAAAUGCAAUAUUGCGCCGUCAGCUGUUCAAACACAACAAUAUUCGCCAAUUCGCAAAUUUCCGUCGUCUUCAAAUCGCAGCAGUGCAUUCCUAUUCAUGAUGGGGACGAAAAUAUCUUUGCCAACGCAGUGUUUUUUUUAAGUUGUGACAAAAACUCAUUGACCAAUAAGAUGCUAGCGAAAUACUGCAGCGCUACCGCGACUAAAGCUAUUUCGCCAUCUGAAGUUAAAUACCUAAGGUUGCUGCUAUUGGUGAAAUUCGUUUUGUUUUCUCCGUUUUCAUUUGUUUGGGUCAUUCGCAAGCUAGUAACGUUAAGCUUUACAGGUAUGUAUUUUCGUUAUGUUGCUGACAAGGCCAAAAACACACUACGUAAGUACGCUUACGCAACAUACAAACACAUUGUCCCGUUUAAACGUAUGCUUUUUUGUGUUCGUGUGGCGAACCUCAGUACUGAAGGGGGCGGUAGAAUUUCCUUCAAAAUACUGUUAUUAAACAAGAUGUUAUUUUUCUGCUAGCUACAUAUAAACACGUCAACAGUUUAACUAACUUUAACUAACCUGCGCAGCAAGAUUCUGCUCCGUCUUGAUAGUAGUUGCGCUGACUGUAAUGCUAAUGUUCGCUAUAGCGCCCCUUGUGGCGGCAUUGAGAAUGCAACAAGCUCUUGCAUUGUUUUAGUUGUGGAUCGAAUCGUUAUGAAACGCAAUUCAUAAUAAAACGACACAUGAAACUUUUACUAAUCUUAAAUGCGUCAAGACAUUAAAACUAGAUCGCUUAUUAAGAAAACAAUGCUUAAACCAGCCUAUGAUGGUUUGCUGGACUUACCUGGUUUAAGCUGGUCUUAUCUGGUCUCCAAGCCUCACCUGCCCAAAACCUCUUUAAAACCAACUACGAGACUAGCUAAGACCAGUUUAGGCUACCUGGGAUCUUUUCACCAAUCGCUAUUGCAACACCUGAACAACUGGCAGAACGUCAUUACAACUUGCAAACCUCAAACUUUCCAUUUUUUAAUUGUGUUUAUUUCUGUUUGCGUUUCUGAGAAAUGAUACUGUGAUCACAUUUAUAUCAGAGCUCAGAUCAGUGAUUGAAUAUCUGACUCCAGAGUUUAUAUUAAUGUUAUUUAAUAACGCUUUAUUAGUUAGUUUCCUGAAUCAGUGGCUAUGGUCACAACACGACGUCCCCAGUCGAGCAUAUCAUUAUAUAAAGUUGUUUCUGUAUCGGCUGUGACCUUUGACCUCAGUCUGAUGUUGUUUCCCAUGGUUGUGCUGCUAACUGGAUCCUGUAGACAUGGCAUGCUGUGAAUCUGUGCGUUUUGAACGGAGACGACUGCCGAUGAAAGGCGUCCAUGUGUUCCUGUCACAGUUUCCUGGUAAUGUGAAUGAGGGGGACACGUUUCUCCAUCUGCAUUGCAGGAUAAACGACCGCUGAUGUUUUCUACAGGCUUUUGUAAAACACCUGAAGAACAUCUGAAUAAAACUACAGGGUAAAACCUCA